UAAAUACACCCCCGCAAAACUCCAUUUGUUCCUCUUUCGCGUUGUUGUAUUGAUCGAACAAAAAGAAAAACCGAAGAAAACCACCCCCAACACUCGAAACUCGAGACUCUCCCUCAUUUCUGCUCGCGCCUGCUGUCUCUUCACUCAACUCUUUCUCUCUCCUCUCCUGCAAUUCCACCUCAAAUCUCCCUAUUCCCGAAACCCUAGAACUUCGAUCGUUCCCCUUCUCCAACAAUCUGCUGCGAUGCAGGAGUUUUCAGCGACGGUCGCCAGCCAUAUCCGCUUCCUUCUGCAGAGCUUGAAUGGAUCCAACUCUGAUUCUGUGCUUCAAGAGCUUUGUCAGUUCACCGAACAAGGUUUGGAAGGAAGCUUAUUGAUCAUGCAGAGUUUGUUGGACUUUAUGAAUAUAUUUGAGACAGAGGCAAAGAAUGUUCAUCUGCACCCAGUUAUAUCGUCAGUUUUUAGAUUCAUAUUGGAUAAACCGAAUUUCAGUACUGUUCUCUGCCAGUCCCUUCGAAAGCUUACAGUUAGAGAUGGAUUCCUCGAAAAUUUAUCAAAUGCAUUAGGUCUCUCACUUUCUGAAAAAAUUGCUGUUGGUCUUGCAUUUUCAGAGUCAGAAAAUUCUGAUGCCAGACUGGUUGGGACAAAUUUCUGCAUGAGACAGAUCGAGGGGUUGUUUGCGAAUCCUAGCACCAUUGAAUCAACUGAGAAAAUCCAGAAUAUUUUUAUGUUCCUUCACCGAUGUGAGGGCCUCUCAAAGCAUGUAGAUACUUUUACACAGAUGUUGAGUUUAAUGCCUCUGAAAGAGGGCGUGCCAUUUAUUUUGGCUCCCAUGGUCCCAGACGACCUGAAUGAGACCAAAUUUCUCAGUGACUGCAGGAGCAUGGAUUUGUUCUAUGAUUCCAAUGAAGACGACUUUGAUGCUAUUGUUGCCGAAAUGGAGAAGGAGAUCAGUAUGGCUGAUGUCAUGAAAGAACUAGGCUAUGGAUGCACCAUCAGUGCUUCAAAAUGCAAGGAAAUAUUGUCUCUUUUUAUGCCACUAACUGAAGCAAGCAUUGCCAGGAUACUGGGCAUUGUUGUCCGUUCUCAUGCUGGUCUCGAGGAAAACACAUCUACUUUUUCGUCAUUCCUCUCAGCAAUUGGAAGCAACCCUUUGUCUGAUCUUCCAUUUCUCAGUUCCUGGGAUGUCAAUGUCCUUGUCGAGACAAUUAAACAACUUGCAGCUGAAACCAACUGGGUUGGAGUUAUGGAGAAUCUGGACCACGAGGGAUUUUACAUUCCUAACGAGAAUGCUUUUACAUUUUUCAUGACCAUUUUCAAGCAUGCCUGUCAGGAUUCCUUCCCCCUCCAUGCUAUUUGUGGUUCAGUUUGGAAGAAUUCUGAGGGGCAACUAUCCUUUCUGAAGUACGCGGUAUCUGCGCCAUCUGAAUCAUUUACCUUUGCCCAUUCAAUUAGGCAACUGGUGUAUGUUGAUUCAGUACAUGGUCUACAAUCUCAACCUGGACAGUCCAAUUAUGCAUGGUUAUGUCUUGAUCUUGUUGAUGUAUUGUGCCAAUUAGCUGAGAGGGGUCAUGCGGCUACAAUCCAGUCAAUGCUUGAAUAUCCACUUAAGCAUUGCCCUGAAGUACUACUACUUGGGGUAGCACAAAUCCAUACCACUUAUAAUCUUCUUCAGCAUGAAGUUUCCUCUACUGUUCUACCGAUGAUAAUUGCUAAUGCUGGCAGUAAGGGAGUAAUCCUUCACCUCUGGCACAUCAACCAUUAUUUGGUAUUGCGUGGAUUUGCUGAUGUUCUAGCUAAUGAUCCAGACAGCAUUCACAGGAUUUUAGAUAUAUGCCAGGAAACAAAGAUUCUCAACCAUGUCUUGGAGCGGAUGCCUUUUUCUUUUGCUAUCAAACUUGCAGCAGUUGCUUCUCACAAGGAGCUUUUAGAUCUCGAGAGAUGGCUGAGUGAUAAUUUAAUGACAAGUAAAGACACCUUUUUUAAGGAGUGCUUCAAGUAUGUUAAAGAGGUUCAGAGCCAAAUAGUAUCAGAAGAGAAUUCUAACAGGCUGCAUCAAACUGCUUCAUCUGCUAAUCCUGGCUCCCAGAGUUCUUUGGUCAUCUUGAAGGUCCUUAAAGCCAAUGCCCAAGCAACGACUUCCAAAAGUCUUUGUGAUGAAAUUGAAAAAAUGCAUGUAUCGCUGAUGAAUGGCAGUUUGGUUCAGCAGAAUGACGGAGUUACUGAUUUAUCCACCUCAGCUAUUGAAACAGAGGCAAAUUCCUAUUUCCAGCGCAUGUUUUCUGAACGGUUUACUAUUGAUGAGAUGGUUCAAAUGCUUGCAUGUUUCAAAGAAUCCUCUGAUAAAAGGGAACAAUCUAUUUUUGAGUGCAUGAUCUCCAAUCUGUUUGAAGAAUAUAGAUUUUUCCCUAAAUACCCCGAGAGACAGCUUGGAAUUGCUGCUGUAUUAUUUGGCUCUAUCAUCAAGCAUCAGCUAGUAACACAUCUGACACUUGGUAUUGCACUACGUUGUGUUUUGGACGCUUUGCGAAAGCCUGCAGAUUCUAAGAUGUUUGUGUUUGGUACCAAAGCACUGGAGCAGUUUAUCAAUCGUCUGGAUGAGUGGCCCCAAUAUUGCAAUCAUAUCUUGCAGAUAUCUCACCUGCGUGGUACUCAUCUAGAACUUGUUGCGUACAUUGAAGGGGUUCUUGCCCGACAAUCACAUGGUGGAAAUGGUCCUGUUGACCAACUAAAUAUCACUUCUCUGGGAGCAACAGUCAAUGAGAUAACUGGAUCGACUACUUCACAGUUGGGGCAGCCACUUUCCUCUCCUUUGCCAAUUCAACCUCGCCCCCCAGUGCUGGUAGAUGAUGGAAAUAAAGUUGCUUCAAGUAUGAAUAGCUUCACAAAGCCACUUGUAGCUAGUUCGGCUCAAUCUAAUGCUACAUCUUUAGCUGAUGCAGUUGGCAUUUCAAAGACUCCGAGUCCACUGGCUGCAUCUGGAAUGCUGUCGUCUUCUCAAGGAGUUCCUCGUAGCCGAGGAGGGUUUGGUUCUGCAUUGAGCAUAGAGACCCUGCUUGUUGCUGCAGAACGAAGAGAAACUCCAAUAGAGGCUCCAUCGACUGACGUUCAGGACAAACUUUCAUUCAUGUUCAAUAACAUCGGUCCUUCUACUGUGGAAAAGAAGGCCACCGAAUUUUUAGAACUUAUAAAAGAGGAUUGUUAUCCCUGGUUUGCUCAAUAUAUGGUGAUGAGAAGAGCUAGUGUUGAGCCGAAUUAUCAAGAAAUGUAUCUGAAGUUUCUGGACAAGAUCAAUUCAAAAGCGCUGUAUAAGGAAAUAGUUCAAGAGACAUAUGAGAACUGCAAGGUUCUUUUGGGCUCUGAGCUCAUAAAAUCAAGUGCUGAAGAGCGCUCUUUGCUAAAGAAUAUGGGGAGCUGGCUUGGGAGACUUACAAUUGGACGGAAUCAAGUUCUUAGGUCUCGUGAUAUUGAUCCUAAGUCUUUGAUUAUGGAGGCUUACGAGAAAGGAUUGAUGAUUGCUGUGAUUCCUUUCACCUCCAAGAUAUUGGAACCUUGUCAAAGCAGUCUAGCUUAUCAGCCUCCAAAUCCUUGGACAAUGGGGAUUCUUGCCUUGCUUGCUGAGAUAUAUGCAAUGCCAAACCUAAAGAUGAAUCUUAAAUUUGACAUCGAGGUGCUGUUUAAAAACCUUGGUGUUCAGAUAAAAGAAGUGACUCCCACUUCUCUUUUACGGGACCGUGUGCGGGUUGUUGAAGGAAAUCCUGAUUUUUCAAACAAAGAGUUUGUUGCACCACAACCUCCAAUUUCUUCUGAAGAUCAAGUUGCAAUACCAGAGCCCAUGGAGCCUCCUAAACCCCAGCUUCCUGUUCCAAUUUCUCCGUAUGUUGUUCCUGCGGAGGAUGAUAAAGGAGGGAGUAUGGGGUUUUCUGAUCAGCUUCCUUCAGCUCAAGGACUGCUACAAUCUACUGGUUCUCAGUCGCCAUAUAGCAUGGCUCAGUUACCUCCAACAAUUCCUAGUCUUGGAGCACAUGUCGUUGUGAAUUCGAAGCUUAAUACUAUGGGCCUACACGGGCACUUUCAGAGAGUGCUCCCACUUGCUAUGGAUAGAGCUAUUAAAGAAAUCGUGCCUGGUAUAGUGCAGCGUAGUGUUUCCAUUGCUUCUCAAACUACUAAGGAGCUUGUUAUUAAGGAUUAUGCCUUGGAAUCAGCUGAGAGUCGCAUAUAUAAUGCUGCACAUCUGAUGGUUGCUAGUCUUUCUGGUAGCCUAGCUCAUGUGACUUGCAAGGAACCUUUGCGUGGCUCAAUAUCUAGUCAGCUACGCAACAUGCUUCAAGGAGUGAACAUUGGAAGUGAAAUUUUAGAACAGUAUGUGCAGCUCGUUACUAAUGAUAACCUCGAUUUGGGUUGUGCAAUGAUUGAACAAGCAGCACAAGAAAAGGCUGUGCAAACAAUUGACGCGGAAAUCUCUCAACAAUUAUCUAUGAGAAGGAAGCACAGAGAAAGUCCUGGUUCCUCGAUAUACGAUGCUAGCAUAUAUGCACAAGGUGCGAUGGGCGUCUUGCCAGAAACUCUUCGUCCUACCCCUGGGCGCUUAUCUGUUUCCCAGCAACGUGUUUAUGAGGAUUUUGUGAGGCUUCCCUGGCAAAAUCAACAGUCGAGUCAAAGUGCUAAUACUACAUUGGUUGCUCACUCUCCUUCCCCUGCUGGUGGGAGCUUCCCCCGCACUUUAAGUGCUUCUUCAGGACAACUAAGUGCGAAUGUCUAUUCCUCUGGACUAGGGAAUACUAGUUAUGGUGUUGGUGCUCAGCCUGUUGAUCUUGUUUCUGAAGAGUUGGAACCAUCUUCAACACAGAUACUAAGCACUGCUUCUCUUAGCCAGAUUAGAACUUCUGAUAAUGUGGGUUCCCAGCGCACUGAGAUUGAUUCAACCCUGGUGUCUUCUUCUGGUGUUCCAGCCAUGGAAUCACAACCAGUUGAAUCCGCUGCAAGUAUUAAGGAAUCUGGAAUAACCUCUCAAUCACCACCACAGGGAUCUGCGCCUUUAGUAUCUAGUCUCGCAGAACCUUCAUUAACUACUGGAGAUGCACUGGACAAAUACCAGUUAGUUGCACUGAAGCUGGAAACUGCGCUAACUAGUGAGGGCGGAGAAGCGGAAUUUCAGUCUAUUGUUUCGGAGGUUCCACAGAUCAUACUAAGAUGUGUCAGUCGAGAUGAAGCUGGUUUAGCUGUCGCACAAAAGGUUUUCAAAGCUUUGUAUGAGAAUGGAGGUAGUGGUUUGCACACUGCUGCUCAUCUUGCAAUUCUAGCUGCAAUUCGUGAUGUGUGCAAGCUUGUGGUGAAGGAGCUUACAAGCUGGGUGAUUUAUUCGGACGAGGAACGGAAGUUCAAUAAGGAUAUUACUGUUGGCCUGAUAAGAAGGGAGUUAUUGAACUUGGCUGAAUAUAAUAUUCAUAUGGCAAAGCUUCUUGAUGCGGGAAGGAACAAAAUUGCGACAGAGUUUGCUGUUUCACUUCUCCAAACGUUGGUGAAUGAAGAACCUAAGGUCAUUUCGGAGCUUCAGACUUUAGUUGAAGCCCUGUCUAAGCAGCUUGCUGCGAGGCCUGGGUCACCUGAGUUGUUGCAACAACUAGUUGAAACGGCAAAAAUCCCAGCUGCUACUGUUGGUGGCAUUACCAGUCCUAGUACCGGAAAGGAUGAUAAGAACAGACAAGCAAGAGAUAAAAAGGUUUCUCAAUCUGUGGCAAGUAGGGGAGAAUACAACAAUGUAGAAAUCAUGGAGCCAGAUGCCGCUAGUUUUCAGAAGCAGGUUUCUCUACUUUUUGCAGAGUGGUACCGGCUAUCUGAACUUCCUCUUGGAACUGAUGCUCAGUGUAUAAGAUUCAUUUUACAGCUACAUCAAAAUGGUUUACUCAGAGGGGAUGACAUAACAGACCGCUUCUUCCGGGUUCUUUUGGAAAUCUCUGUGUCACAUUUUGGUGAGGUGAUGCAAUCAACUCCACAAGUGCAGUCCUCCUUCCUCGCCAUUGAUAUUUACGCUAAAUUAGUAUAUUCAAUCUUGAAGCAUUGUCCAGUGGAUCAAGGAUCAGGCAAACUCUUUCUCUUACCAAAGAUUUUAACUAUAACUGUGAGAUCAAUUCAAAAAGAUGCCGAUGAAAAGAAAGAGGAAUUUAAUCCUAGGCCUUACUAUAGGCUCUUUAUUAAUUGGCUGUUAGACUUCGGUUCGUUAGACCUUGUGCACGAAGGUGUUAAUUUCCAGGUUUUAUCAGCUUUUGCAAAUGCAUUCCAUACCUUGCAGCCUCUUAAAGUACCUGCUUUCAGCUUUGCAUGGCUUGAGCUAGUUAGUCACCGAACUUUCAUGCCUAAAUUGCUUGCUGCCAACUCACAGAAGGGGUGGCCCUUUCUUCAUCGUUUAUUAGUAGACUUAUUCCAGUUCAUGGAGCCUUUCUUGAGGAACGCUGAAAUGGGAGAUUUGAUACGCUUUCUGUACAAAGGAACUCUGAGAGUGCUGCUGGUGCUGCUGCAUGAUUUUCCAGAAUUCUUGUGCGACUUUCAUUUUAGUUUUUGUGAUGUCAUACCUCCCAGCUGCAUACAGAUGCGAAAUAUUAUCCUCAGUGCUUUUCCUCGCAACAUGAGACUUCCAGAUCCUUCAACUCCAAACUUGAAGAUUGAUUUGCUGGAAGAGAUGAGCCAAGCACCUCGUAUAUUGUCCGAAGUCGAAGCAGCUCUGAAGGCAAAGCAGAUGAAAGCUGAUGUUGAUGAGUUUCUCAGGACAAUGCAAUCAUCCCCAUUUCUGAGUGAUUUGAAGCAGAGAUUACUACUUUCGCCUAGUGAGGCUUCCCAUGCUGGGACCUGUUACAAUGUACCUCUGAUCAAUUCACUUGUGCUGUAUGUUGGGAUGCAGGCAGUUCAGCUGCUUCAGUCACGGAACCGGUCACAACCUCAGCCAGUUAGCAGUGAUCCGUUGGCAGUCAAAGCAGCAUUAGAUAUAUUUCAAACUUUAAUGAAGGAUCUGGAUACUGAAGGCCGCUAUCUAUUUCUAAAUGCGAUUGCUAACCAGUUGCGUUAUCCCAAUACUCACACACAUUACUUCUCCGUCAUCCUCCUCUAUUUAUUUUCUGAUGCUAAUCAGGAGAUCGUUCAGGAACAGAUAACCCGAGUACUGUUGGAAAGACUAAUUGUUAAUAGGCCACAUCCAUGGGGACUGCUGAUUACAUUCAUUGAACUAAUCAAGAACCCUGGAUAUAAUUUCUGGAACCGUACCUUCACAAGGUGUGCACCUGAAAUAGAAAAAUUGUUCGAGUCGGUUUCCAGAUCAUGUGGGGGUCCAAAGCCUGUUAAUGAGAGCAUGGUUGGCUCAGGAGGAUUGUCCGAUAACGCUCAUUGAAGCUAUCUUUGUUUGUACAUGUCUAGAGUUAGAAUAGUCUUCUAACUAACAUUACUAGAAGACUGUGUAAAUGUACCAUUAAUGUGAAUAUGCUUAUUCUAGAUAUGUAACAAUACAGAUUGUUACUACUGAAAAAUUUCUAAUGUUAGUUUAGGAAAGCAUAAAAUGCUCCUUUUUGUACACUCACAGAGUUUGCUUCUUACAACUUUGAAAUAUAAACAGAAAGCUAAAUUUCCAGGAGGAAAUGAGAGAGUAGUAUUUAUGGA